UCCCUUGCCUUCCUGGGGCCGCCAGACGGCCGUCUGCCACCCGCUCGCUUGGGCAUCCACAUCACCCUGUCCUCCUUCCCAGGACGCAAGCACCCCUGCCCGAUCGUGCUCUCCCCGCCUGCGACGGCCCUGUCUCUCCGUCUCCAAGACCCCUGGCCUCUCGCACCAUUCUGCCGCGCCCCACAUGUUCUGGCGAUUUGGAUUCCACAACGCUGCCUCGGCGAUCGACACCCUGCUCGAGAAGGAAGGCGUCACCCUCGAUGAGCUGAUGGAGGAGGAGGAGCUCCUGCAGGAAUGCAAGGCACACAACACCAAGCUUAUCGAUUUCCUUUGCAAACCCGAAUCGCUCACAAAGCUCCUCGGAUACAUCGUCGAUAACAAUCUGGACGAAACAAAGGCAUUCAAAUAUCCAUAUCUAGCAAGCGAAAUUGUCAGCUGCGAAAUCUUUUCGAUCUGCGAAGGAAUCAUGUCCAAUAUUUCCCUGCUAAACCACUUCUGGUCCAUACUCGAGGGGCCCGUGGGAAUCAAUCCUCUGCAGGCCAGCUACUUUUGCAAGGUCAACGGCGUGCUGCUGCAAAAGAAAACCGCCGAGUUUAUCCAAUUCGUCCGGAGCGUCCCAAACUUUGUAACAAAUAUCCUCCGGCACAUUGGCUCGUCAGCGAUCGCCGACCUGCUGCUCAAGCUGAUUAGCGCUGCCGAGCUCCCAGAAGGCAACGGCAUCGUCGAGUGGCUCAAUGCCCAAGGCCUUAUUGCACAUUUGGUCAGCCGCUUGGACCCAAACCUGGAUCCCGAGAUGCACAACACCGCCGCCCAAACUCUGCUCGAUAUUAUCGCUGUGAGCUAUCAGAGCAACAUUGCCGACCCAACCGGCGGAGGCGACGCCAUGCCCCAGAGCGAUUUCCUUGGAAACUCGCUCGUAAACGAGCUCAAAAGCAAGGAAAUCGUUCUGGUCCUUGUAACCUACAUGCUCGACACGGCUGCCCCCAAUACAUCCAGCUCGCUGACCAACGGCAUCAACAUCUUUAUCGAGCUUAUCCGGAGAUACUGCAGCGAUAUCGAGCAAGCCGAGUACCAGCAGCAUCAAAUGCAGCUCCAGCAACAGAACCAGCAGCAACUUAGCACGACUGAGCCUUCGCCCGCGCGAAUCCGGAUGCUGGCCAUCGACCUCAGCGACAUGCUCUCGGUGCUGAGAGAGCGCCUGACCGACUUUGCCAAGCUCCUCGACCACCAAUGGACGAGUAGCCUUCCCACCGUCCGCGCCUCUGCGCAGCGUCUUGGCCCCGAGCGCCUAAAAACCUGCGAGCUGUUUGCCGAGAUACUCCAUCUGCAAUACCUCUACACCUCCAGCCCAUUGUUCGAGCGUCUCACCGAGAGCGGCUCGCUAAACCCCGCCGGAUAUCCCGGGCUGUCGCCGACCGCGGGUCUCGUGAACGGAGUAGAUCCAAUGCAAGUGUGCGACCAGACCAUCGUGGACGAGCUCAUCCGCAUCACCGAAAUCUUUUCUACAUUCAACAUUCUGCCGACCUGUCUGAAUCUGUUUUUCCAGCACGAAUGGAACAACUUUUUGCACUCGGUUGUGUACGAUAUGAUCGCCAAGGUUUUCAACACAUACUCGUUCACGAGCUCGCUCUCUGCGCAGCGCGCCGCCAUUAUCCAGGGCACGGACGCUCCUCCCGCAGACUUUGUGCCAAACCCUGCCUUCGACGCCAAGAUCGAGCGGGUUCAGACCACCGUGCGAAGGGCUGUGGUUUCGAUCCUGCGCGACGGCGCCCUCACCAAGAGGAUCACCGAGGCCCAACGGCGAAACGACGCCGGAGAGGAGCAACCUAAAGGCGUCCGGCUUGGCUACAUGGGCCAUUUGACCUACAUUUCCGACGAGGUCAGCAAGCUGUUGGAGAAGUGUGGUCCUGAACUCAUGGAUGAUAUCAAAGACACCAUUGCUUCAUCCGACUGGCAAGACUAUGUGAACGGCAUUCUCAAGGACACCAAGGAGCGAGACCGACAGCCUCUUGGCGGCGUCCGCCCUGCAAGCAACCCGUCGGCCAUGCCGCCCAUGUCAGGAGCCUUCGACGACGCAGAUACCGGCGUCAUAAUCAACCGAAACGCGCCAAGCUACGCGAUGAGUGGCAUCACAGGGCUGAGUGAUGAUGAAGAUGAUGAUAUUGAUGGAGUCGCGAAUAGAGACCAUAGGUAUAGUGGGGAAGGGGAGGCCUCGAACGACCAGUUCGCGCGCUACCUGUGCCAGCAAAUCGUCAACGACUUGCCCGACCGGCUGCUCGGGGCUGAAAGCUCAGACGACGAAGAAGACGAGCAAGGCUGGAUAGACGACCUGGACAACAAGAACUCUGCAAUCUCACCAACAUUCCAGAUCUCGGGACACUUGGCCGUGGAAACUCGAGUCCCGGGAGCACGCCAGGAAGGUGGAGACUCUGGCGAAUUCGACGACGACGAUGACGACGACGAUGACGAUGAAGAUGAACAGCCCGCGACCGAGGAGCACCCAGACGCCACGCGUCUCUCCAAGAUCUCGAGUGUCAGUGGCGGCGACAGUGGCGAGGAGUGGAUCGAGCGGCCUAUUGAGGAUGCCCGUGGCAACGCUCCUUCGAUCACUUAUUCGGGGCCCGAUGCAUCCGGCGCCAAAGUAUCGAGUCCACCGCCUCCGGCCCGGCCGCCCGUUAGCACUGGAUGGGCCGACUUUUCCUCAUUCGAAGCCCAGAGCAGCAUUCACAAAUGAUCCUGCGGCGGUGCUCGCUUUUUGUGGGUGUCUGUCGAUCACUGCAGCAUCACUUCCCAUCCGGGCAGACAGAUCCUCGCUGCCCCUUGGUGCCGUGCCGCCUAUGGGCGCGAACAGCCCCCCCAUCGCUUUGGCAUCUCCGCUGGCACACGAUUGUCUCCGGCCCCUUUCUAUUCCUAAACAGAAACUAGAGUACUGUAAAGGCAAA